CAGGAAAGGCGAGAGCGAGCGGAGGCGGGGGCGGUGUCGGGUUCCCUCAGCAGCGCGGUCUGUCCGGCAGCUGUCAGAGCCUUGGACUGCCGCGGCUAGGAGCCCCGCGUUCCCAGACAUCGGGCACGCCUAGCUUGCUCCUCCGCCCGCAGGCUGGACCGGGCGGGAUGUAGGGCGCUGGGCGCGGAGGCCGCACCGAGGAUGGAGAGAGCGGUGGAGCAGCUCAACCGUCUAACGGGCUCGCUCCGCCACGCGCUCACAGUGGAGCUGCCAGAGGAUAAUGAAACUGCUGUUUACACAUUAAUGCCAGUGGUUAUGGCUGAUCAGCACAGGUCUGUUUCUGAACUACUAUCAAAUUCAAAAUUUGAUGUCAGUUAUGCAUUUGAACGGGUGAAGAGAAGCUUACUUCACAUUGCAGCAAACUGUGGAUCAGUGGAAUGCUUGGUUCUGCUGUUAAAGAAAGGAGCAAAUCCUGACUAUCAAGAUAUUUCAGGCUGUACACCUCUUCAUUUGGCUGCUAGAAAUGGUCAUGGCCAGAGAGAUACCGCACAAAUUCUUCUAUUACGAGGAGCCAAAUAUUUGCCAGAUAAAAAUGGAGUAACCCCUCUAGAUAUAUAUGUACAGGGUGGAUAUGGAGAGACUUGUGAAGUAUUAAUUCAGUAUCACCCAAGGCUUUUCCAGACUAUUAUUCAAAUGACACAGAAUGAAGACCUCUGAGAAAACAUGGUGUUUAAUUUAAGUCCCAGGGAUAACUUACUGGAUAACUUCCAUUGUCAACUGGACACACCCAGGAAAAGGGAACCUCAGUUAAGGAAAAUGAUUGAACUUGGAGAUCAUCAGUGCAAUAAGCUAGGCCCAGGAAGAAACCAUUACAGUUUUUCUCUCAAUUGUGUACUUUGGGAAAAACAGAAGAGCACAAAUGUCAGAGGGAUAUUUCUAAGGAUGAAGAUGAGAACAGAGAGGAAGAUGAAGCAUGCUUUCUUUAGUUCAGCCUUCCACCAGUAGACACCUUGAUGAUUGUCCAUUGUGAAUUGGGAAUAUUGCAACAAUAAACUGGAAAACAAAAG